AUGCCCCUCUCCGAGUUUCUGAGAAUGGCGAGGGGGAAUCUUGAUUCUGGUGAUCAGAACAAAUGCCAAAAUGAUCUCCCUUUUCGAGCUGAGAAUGAGUUGGUUGAGCUAGUUUGGGAGAAUGGUCAGAUUGUGAUGCAGGGUCAGUCUAGUAGAGGCACAAAAGGCCCUAUGAUUCACAAUUUACAAUCUCACAUGCCAAGAGUUCGAGACGCUGGUAUAGGAAAUUCCACCACAUCAAGGAUAGGAAAAUUUAGUGGCGUUGAGUCUAUCUUGAAUGAUGUUUCGCCUAUGGUGUCCUCGGGAGAAUUGGAUAUAAGUCAAGAUGAUGAAAUAGUUCCUUGGCUAAAUUAUCCCAUAGAUGAUGGUAUGCCGCAGGAUUACUGUUCUGAACUCUUACCAGAAAUAUCUGGUGUUACGGCUAAUGGAAUGUCUGCCCAAUCGAGCUUUGAAAUCAACAAGAGAAGUAGUUUUGACAAGUCAGAAAGUUAUUUGCAUAACGACGGGAAUGCAUCGAAGGUUUCUUCUUCUAGAGCUCGCCUUUCGUGUCCAUGGCUUUCUCAGCAAGGCCAGACGUCAGAUCCUUCCCUAGGAUCUGGAGUUUCAGAUAUUAUUAGCAAUAAUACGAGUAACAUUCCAGAUGCUAUAUUUGGAAACUCAGCUCAAGGUCAAGCAAUUGGAAAUGAUUCUAACUGUGUAAAGUUGGAGAGACGGAAUGUAGAGAUUCCCAGUAGUAGUUCAAAUUUGUUGAACUUUUCCCAUUUCUCAAGACCGGCUGCUCUUAUGAGAGGUAACCUUCCAAACACUGAUGGAAUGCCUAUUUCAGGAUCAUCAGGUGUGAAAAGGAUAGAUGCCAACCUGAAAAGUUCUGCUGCCAAUAACAGCAAUCCUGUCAAAUCCACACUCAUUAAACGGUUAAAUAGCAUGGAAAAGGAUAUUGACAUCCAUCUUCCAUCUACUAAGGUAUGCAACGAGUUCGAUUCAAGACUGCCAGUAUCAAAGCCACCUAAGGAGUUGGCUCCUGCUGAACAAACGGAGUGUUUAAACCGAGAAAAUUAUGUUAAAAAUCACAAGUCCCUGAUUCCAAGUAAUGCUUCCAAUGCGAGUAAUGGAGUUCCGGAUAGUGAGAAAACUGUUGAGCCUGCAGUUACUUCUUCUUCUGUAGGCUCCGGCAACUGUGCUGAUAGAGCUUCAUGCGAUCAGAUGCAUAAUAGCAAGAGAAAAUUCAGUGACAUUGAGGAGUCUGAUUGCCAUAGUGAUGAUAUUGAAACUGAAUCUAUCAGUGUUAAAAAAGCAACUUCUGCUCGACGAGGUACUGGUUCCAAGAGAAGUCGAGCUGCAGAAGUGCAUAAUCUUUCUGAAAGGAGGCGAAGGGAUAGGAUCAAUGAAAAAAUGCGCGCAUUACAAGAACUUAUACCCAACUGCAAUAAGGCAGAUAAAGCUUCAAUGCUUGAUGAAGCCAUUGAAUAUCUUAAGACCCUUCAACUGCAGGUACAGAUUAUGUCAAUGGGAGCCGGGUUGUGUAUGCCACCAAUGAUGUUUCCCACAGGAAUGCAACACAUACAUCCUGCACACAUGCCACAUUUCUCACCCAUGGGUGUUGGAAUGGGAAUUGGUUUUGGGAUGGGUUCCACAAAUUUUCCGAGGACUGCUGGUUCUAACCGACAGGUAUUUGGGCAUCCCAGUCAUGGACUUCCUGGCUCAGUCCCACAGGCACCCUUGGUUCCUUUACCUGGUUGCCCUCUAAGUUCUGCCGUGGGUUUCAAUACCUCAAUAAGUGGAGGUCGCAAGAAUGUGCCUAGUACAUCUCUGACCACAAACUCCGAGGAUCCAAUUAGAAACAAGAAUUCACAGCUGAUGCACAAUGCUGAAGCUAGCAGCACAAUGAACCAUACAUCUAAUCAGCUGCAACCAACAAAUGAGGUUCUACACAAGCCUGCCGAGGUGCAAGAGAAUAAACUAGGACCGGAUGUUAGUGUGAGCGCAGAUGCUACCCCUACCAAUGCAACUAAUAUUAGCACAAAAGACGGUUGUGAUUAA